AUGUAUUGUGUCUGUCAUUGGUCACCAAAUCGUUUUGGUUGUGGGUCAGUCUACCAUUUUGACGUACCUCGACAAAUCCAGUCAGAAGAUGGGAUCCAGUUGCACUUAUCCUUGAUUGUUCACCCUUUUUCGGAUAAAGUGACGACGGAGGACGACAGAACCUCCGGGAUGAUACCACCCUUGUUCCCGCCACAACCGUUACAACAAGCUCAGUAUAUAUUCCCAUCCGCUCUCUGUGCUGCGACGGUUCCACUGAUUCAUCUGUUGGACGACAGCUCCGUGAAUGACGAUGGAAUUGCAGUAAGCACAAUCGCCGAAUACUGCAUCUUCCAGUGUCUAGUUGAGGACACAAAUCUUUUCCUUCGGUUCAUUUUCGAGCGCCUGACACGCACAACACACAAGGGUGAACUCAUUUUCGCACUGCGGAAAAUGAUACAACGAUUGCCGGAACUGCCAAAGCAAAGUGCCCAUGUCAUUUUCAACAACCUCGCAAUAUUCCUUCGGGCAGCUAAAUUUUCUAUAACAAUAGAUCGAUUUGGAGAAAUAGAAGAGAAUAAUGGCAAUUGUGGUGAUCGUGAUAUCGGUAACGUUGCUGGUGGAACCUCCGGGGCUGGAACCUGUGGCGGUCAAAAUCCAAUCCAAGAAGAAUUUGCGGCUGCUGUGAAGCGUCUUAGUGUGGCACCGCUUAAUCGUACGAUGCUAAUCCAAAGUCGAAGCUCAUCUUGGCGUCAAGGUUCCAUACCAUGGUUUCGGAGUAGUGGUUUAACGCACGAUGUGGUCUGUGAGAUCUUCACAAAGGAAACUACUCACAAGGUUGCUGAAAACUCUUCGACAGCCCACAACCGGUUUCGCCAUUCUUGGGGCUCAUCAGGUAGGCGCAGUCCCCGAGUUUCCGUCAACCUUAUGUCCUACUUGAACAUGAAUUGGAUUGUUUUCGAGAAAUACACUCAUUUGCAAAUCAAGGACGACAGAACCUCCGGGAUGAUACCACCCUUGUUCCCGCCACAACCGUUACAACAAGCUCAGUAUAUAUUCCCAUCCGCUCUCUGUGCUGCGACGGUUCCACUGAUUCAUCUGUUGGACGACAGCUCCGUGAAUGACGAUGGAAUUGCAGUAAGCACAAUCGCCGAAUACUGCAUCUUCCAGUGUCUAGUUGAGGACACAAAUCUUUUCCUUCGGUUCAUUUUCGAGCGCCUGACACGCACAACACACAAGGGUGAACUCAUUUUCGCACUGCGGAAAAUGAUACAACGAUUGCCGGAACUGCCAAAGCAAAGUGCCCAUGUCAUUUUCAACAACCUCGUCGGCUACAUAAUGUUCCAUGUAAGAACUCCCAACUUUAAUGCUCCAGAGGCGAUUGCCAGGGAGCAAAACUCUCAUAUGCAUCUUGUUUACAAAACUGAAUACCCAUUUUUCCUUGAACGCGUCUUCCUGAACUUUUCUGAAUAUUCAUUGACUGCUUCUCAAAUGCAAGCAAUUGCAACAAAGCGACUACACAAAUUCCGCAACAGAUCUCACUUUUCAAGAGACGCGAAGCGGAUUUACGAGAAAACAUACUACCCGCAUGCUUCAUCAGUGGUUGUACCUCAUGUUCAAAAUAUCUACUUCAAAGAUCUGAAGCAAACCUUGCGCCGAGAGCAAAUCGACUCCACUCUGUUACUGACUGCCAACCUUCCGUGUGCCAAACAGUUCAACGUAUUUGACAAUGACAUUGGAGUAGCACAGUUGGUCAGGCUGCAUGACGAGAACAAGGACUACCAGUUUGAAGAUAUUUUGAAGGACGCCCUUGAAUCAAGUGGAAUACCUCUGAAUCAAAUCAAUUCAUAUUUUCUUUGUGACGACCGUUCAGGCAUUAUCUGCAACAAUUCACAUUACAUCCGCGAUUUCUACCCGUUCAAACGUAAUCACAAUCCCAAACUCAGGAUUAAACAGAUGGAGAAAAAUGAUGGCCUGCAUCUGCUCCAACAGAACGCUUUAAACCUUAAGUUUCAAGAAAUCGGCAAGGUGCUUUUUACCACAGCAGUAUUGCAAUACACCCCCAGUACACAGAUUUCCAAUCACGUGUUCUUCCUGCAUGAAGAGCUUACCAAACUCCCGUCGUUCCCACGAAAGGCGUUGGAGUCUGAAUUUGGACUAUACGGUCUACAGGAGCUUGGUCAACCGUUGCUUGGACUAGACACAGUUCAUAAGAUAUCUUGGUGUGAACUUCUUUCUAGCUUGUUCGAACGGAUGCCGAACACCUACCCAUGGUCUGCAGAUCUGCAACUGUUUUUGAAUGUCUACAAUGGGACACUUAUUCUGCUUGCGGAAGAUUCUUCCGUGCUUCGUCAGUGCCUCGCAUUUUACAUACAGGUUAUAAUUUCCACUGCCUCGGCUAUCAGCCGCUGUGGUGUGAAUUGCAGACCCCGUCUUAAGACUUCCGCACUCUCCAGAUCUAUUCUAUAUCCCGUGUCCAAGGCAUGUGCCGCCAUCGCCCAGUCUUUGAUCAGCGUUUGCUAUUCUUCUGCAUUCCUUGGUGAUUUGCUUAGCUUUCUUUUAUGCUCACCAAUUCUGAUGUGCUAUUCCCUGGCAUGCUCUCAUCAGUUCAAAAUGGCGUUCUCCACAAGCGGAUACGCCGGGAUUCUUCCUACCCUGUUGCGUGUCUACAACCAACAAACGCACAAUGCUGUCCUCACUCAGGCGGUAGAGUUCACCUGCCGCCAGUUCUACGUCAUGCAUCGGAUUCCCUUCAUUCUACAGCUGUUUGGCAGCCUGGCCAAUUACGUAGCCGUCGGAGAUGAACGAACUGGAAUGGAUGAUGAUUUUUAUCGUAUUCAACCAGCUACUCUCUAUAGACUGCUUCGAUUGAUCAACCGGCCACUACCGGACAACCUGCGAAUACUGGAAUUAUGCAACGUGCAGAAACCACUGAAAGCACUUAAAGAGCCUUAUUCAGGCCACUGUGCUUCAGGCAGUCUAAGCUGGACAGUAUCUUUGAAAAUUCUUUCCUUAUUGGUUGUUGGUCUGCUCGCCGAACUUGGCAGUUGGAUUGCAAACGUUUCAUCACCAAUCGAGGUGACAUCGCCACUCAACCCCGCACUGACGAUGUCACUACGAUUAGUGAUGAAACGUUUGCAAUCCAACUGCCAACCUCGGCGAACAGACCGACAACCAAGCAGUGAACCCGAGCUACCUACAUUCCACAACAUUGCCUUCCUUAUGAUUGAUUUCUGUUACGAAGAUGACGAAGGAAAUUGGUCUGUCCUGGAGGCGGUCAACCUGUGUGUCGCAGUGAUUGUUUACGCCCCAGAUUCUUACCGUGCACGUCAGAUGCUGAUCAUCUUACAAGCAAUAUUGCCAUUCAUUUUACGGGAUUUCUUCGCCAUUUGUACAGAAGAAAACUGUGGAGUCGAGCCAAAGAAGGCGGAGACCAACGCGAUCCAGAAACUUUGUAUCGCCAUUCGUCAGCUUAUUGCCACAACCGAGUUCAUGGCUAGACGAACGGAAGAUGUCCGAAACCUCAAUAUGCACGCUCCGGGAGGCCCUGUAGAGCGUCGCCCAGAGCAGCUUAUGAGUAACUUAGGGCAUGGUUGGAGUCGGAAGACGGUACGCACUGGUAGGAUCCGGGAAAUAAAGUCUAGCAUAGAAUCUUCGUUGGAAGUCACCAAACCAAUUUCACCGACAAUUCGAGUAGUCGGAACUGGUACUGAGGACUUGACGGACGUGGACACUAUUCAAUCUCCCAUCGUCAGCCGUUCAUUUUACGAACCAAGAGAAGUCAUUCUUCAGCUAGCCUGCGAUUUCCUUUCGUUCACCACUGCUCGAUUAAACGAACUGGGAGAGAGACAACGGAUUCCGGAACUAUUGGAUUCAAGGUCACAUGUCCGCCUUUCCGACAUUGUUCAGUCCAUCAUCAAACAAAUCCCUUCCAAUCCAGAGCUGCUAUCAAGUCCAGGCAUACAACGCUAUUUCCUCGAGGUUCUCCCAUCAGUAGACUGGAGCCAUGAGUCGAUGCGUUCUUGCAAAGCUUUGGAAGCCCUUUUAGGUCGACUGAACCGAACACUGCCCAAGCUGUUGGAGCAUGCAUCUCAUAAGCCAAGAUUCUGCUGGGACGAUAUCGUACGGCUCAUUCGGUCAGUGUAUUUGAUCAUCAAGAAAAACCGUUCUAUCGCACACCUGAAAGAAAUCCGGGUCCUAAUUGACACACUCAAGAGAUCAGUAAUCUUCGAUCCUGCUGGCUGCUUACCGGCUCUUGCAAAAACCCGAGUUGACCCCUACUUGCCUCUUUCCGGAUGGUCUUCCAACACAAACGUACCAAGUCGACAAAGCCUAGGAGAUUCCCUGUUUGGAGGUAUCUCGCCUGAAAGCAGUAGUGUCGGACUAUCCUAUCCUGGUCGUGCCUCGCGUAGGGGGCGUUUGCUCAACACUACUUCUGAGUAUGGCAGUCAUCUUACGCCUUCAGGAGCGAGUUCUACACAGCCACGCAAACAUCCUGAGGCUAGUGCACAACGGUCGCUUGAAAAUGCAUUCUCGUUCAAAUUUGCCGCGGAAGUUAUACGCCUGAUUGCACUGGUAAUCCAAACUUUAGGGCCCAACUUCUCUCUCAAGGACUUGUGUGAACGCUGCGGACCCGAUUACAACACGCGUUGUCCGGCUAUCCUGGAAGGUGGAUUUCACACGUUGGCAGUUUAUCUCGGACAAUUAAUUAUUCCACUGCUGUUUCGUUGCAGUUCCGGAAGGAAAGAUUCUCCCACCCUGUCCAAAGAAAACGUCUUCUACGCCAUGGAUGUGUGUAUCACAGCACUGUUCGCACCAGUUACCUCACAAAGCAACAACAGUAGAAAUGAGCGGGCAUCAAGUGCUGCUUCUGGGGGGUAUUCAAGUCCGUCUUUUAUUGACGCCAUGGGAGAGAAAGGCAAGGAGAAAUCGGGAAGACAUGUGACCGAGAUUGCUUCCCCCGGUGGGCGAAACCCAAGUCCGGUUGGUAUGGACCUCCCAGGUGGUUCAACUUUAGUGAAGCUUAUCAAUUUUUCAAGCUUGGGCUAUGAGCAAGAGGAUGGAACAAACUCAAACCUGACACGUUUAUUGAGUCCUACGUUGGCUUUUUUGUCGCAGAAGGAUACAUCGUCUAUGCCAGUCGUGACACUCCACCCAAAUUCAAUAACCACCAAGCAUCCGACUGUGAAGUCGGAAAGUUUGAGUACAAAAUCGCGCUCAUCUGUUGCAUCCUUAGUUCCUCAGAAAGCGCGCCAUCAAGCCCUACACGCAAAACAUGCAGAAACUGCAGUAUCUAGUUCUCCAUUGACAAGUGACAAGCCAAAGAACUUCAAGGGAGAAUUCGCGCAUAGACUUGGAUUCUUGGGCUUGAAGUUACUUCUGGUCGCCUACAGCAGACAUGCCUCCGUACGGCUACGGUUACUCACAGCUGCUCUGACCAAAUUAGCUCUAAACGGACAAAAUGGAAUUCAAUUGUGGAAAUUCUUCGAUUUUCUUGUCACACACAGGCCUCCGAUUUUUGUGCAUCUAUUGCCAUUUAUCCGAUUCAAGAUGGCUAACCUAUGCUGUGCGACACCAGGCGAACAAGCCUACCAGCAGAUAGUUAGCCAGAAAUUGAUGGGUCUUCACCUUCCAGUCCCACAAACCACAGCUGUCGUCCUCCGAGAACUGUUAUCCGAACUGAACACUAUUCAGCAUGACGUCCAGGUUGCUGAAAAUUCUUCGACAGCCCACGACCGGUUUCACUCCUCUUGGGGCUCAUCAGGUAGGUGCAGUCCCCGAGUUCCCGUCAACUUUAUGUUCUACUUGGAACCAGAUUGCACGAAAUUAGCGAAAUUCACUCAUUCGCAAACAAGCUUGCAUUUCACUCAGGCCCAUGGAAAAGAGGGGGGUGUAUCUCACCUGCCAAAUAUACAUGAGCCAGCACAGCGACUCCAGUCCACUGAUCAAGCAACCGCAUUCCGAAAACAGCCUUCCAAGAAGAUGAAGCCACAACUCAGUGGACUAACCGAGGAGAAUCUGAACCCCGAUGGUACAUUCAGUGCACUCGAGCGGUACGCACACAAUCGGCAAAUCGACAUUCUAGCGUCUGUAACUUCCGAAUCGGUGUGCAGUAAUGACAUGCAAGAUGACAUUGGCAUCGGUCUGCCA